CCAAUACUGUGUAAUGGCGCCUGCGCACGCUCUCGGCUUCGGCACCGCACCUUCGCAGAGGUGAGAAGUACUGGCGAUUUUCACGGGGAGCGGGCCGUUGCGAGUCUGACGACAGGGGCGGAUGAUUUCGAAGCAUUCAACCGCACCUGUCCUCGUCGCGCCUUCGCCCUGUCUGCAUGUGCAAAUGCACCCUCCCUCCAGCUGCGCGACCGUGGCUGGUCCGCCUCCAAACAGUGCUUGUCGACCUUCAUGGUCGUCUGCUUCGCGGGCUUGUAUCGCAUAAAGCAGCUGCCAAGCAUCACGGGCCCUGCGACAGCCCUGGAGCUGCCCAUUUGCUAUGCCCGAGCCAUUCCCGAAACUUAAAACUGCUCGACGACCGGUUCCCUGGGAGGUGGCUGCUCCUUCGAAGACCGAAACAGCAAUGGCUGACGAAACAACGGCCAGGAAAAGCAAUCCCUGCUGGCCAUUGGAAAAACACAACACCAUGCAAGAGACGCGGUCACGCCCGCUAUCAAUCUGCUCCUCGAAUCAGAAGCGACUACAAAUACUUGAACAUAAGAGAUUGCCGUUUCGGAAUCCGUAGCGCCUGCUGCUAUACGAGAACCGCAUCUACCGCCCAUUGCUUACUACCGUGUGCUGAUUCGUUUUCGAGACCGCAUAGCAUACUUCGACCGGAAUCUACCGCACAUGAACGUACAAACGGCUUGGUCAAGCUUACAACUUCCUCCAAGGGCAUGCUGCGCUUAUGGAGCUUUGCGAGACUGGCCGUCAGCGAGCCGUUAUCUUACACCGUUCUCUAUUCAGCAAGAUUAGCUACUGCCUCGAACGCCUCCACAAUAGAACAGACACCAACACAUUAACAGGCAAUGGUUCUCAACCUCGAAACGAACACUACACCAGCUAAACCGACCGGGCUGCCCACAGUAGCCUACAACUUCGCCCUCACCUCGAUAGCCUUGUGCAAAU